AUGGCUAAAAUGAUAAUACAAUAUGCUGCAAAUAUUUUAAGAUGUUUAAGAGAUAAUUAUUUUGUUGAUGGAUCAUUUCAAGACACUGUUGAAAAACAUGAAAAUCAAGAUAUAAGCUUGAUUACAAGUGAUGAAGUACAAUUUAGUGUUAUGAUUUCUUUAGGGUAUUUAACAACCUUGGUAUUGAUGGAUGAAAGAUUUACACAAGAAAUUAUUAAUUUGUUGGCAUCAUUUCCCACUAGAACUCCUGAAAUGGAAAAUAAUUGUUCACAGACAAUUCAAUUCCUUGAAGAAUAUUUUUUUCAAUCAAAUAAUAACCCAGAAACAGAAUCACCAAUAUUAUUAAUUGAUUCAUAUUUAGAAGUUAAAGAAGUCAAGACAAUUUAUCAAAAAGCAUUAUCUGAUUUAAAAAAGUUUGUUGAGUUAAAUGGAAAAGUUAAAAAUGAUCAUAAGCAGCAGAUUUUAAGUUCAGCUUGGUUUGUUGCAUUUUCAAAAUUUGAAAAAUAUGAAGAUAUUAUUGAACUUUUUGAAAAAUUAACAAGUGUUACCACAUCAAGGGGAGAAUGGUCUGGAUAUGAUAUUCAUUUUACUCAAACUUAUUGUUAUGUAUUACAAACUGUUCUAUUAAUCAUACCGAUAAGAGCAAUAUUACCUAAUUUACAGAAAUUUAAUGCCCAAUUGAGCUCUCAAAUAGAAGUUCUUUCAUCGCCAGGAUCUAAUUCUAAAAAACGUCAGAAUGCAAUUUUGGCUUUAGGUUCUUUAUCAGGGGUGAUAUAUCCACACAAUUUUUUUUAUGAAAAGGCCAAUUCAUAUUUGUUUAAAUCUAGACCAUUUACAGUGAUCAAUCAAGUAUUGGAUACAUUAAAAAAUAUAGCAGGUGUACCAUCAUCAUCACCGUCUAGUACUGUUUUUGCUGGAGCAGCAGAAAUAAUGAUUAAAGAUGUGAAAGGUGCAAGGCUGGCAGCUAUUAUUUUGGGCAAGAUGACACAAAAUGUUGAUAAACUUUUAGUUGAAAGUAAUGAUGUUCUAAUAAAAUCAGUAUCAAAAAAUAUUGCCAACACAGAACCUAAAAACUAUUCUAGAUUACCUAAUUCAAGCUAUUUGAAAUUUUUGUUUGUAGCAUUAACAGAUGUAACAGAUAUUUUUUCAAGUAAAAGUCAUUAUGUAUAUAUAAAUUCUCCAGAAUCUACUAUAUCAAUAGAAUCAGCACAAUUGUUUUUUUCAACACUCAUGAAUGUCAAUCAAGUUUUUCCGCCAGUAAAUUGGUUCCCCUUACUUGUAGAAUUUAAUAAACCAAACUUUAAACAAUUUAAACUGCAUGUUGAAAGUAUUAAGUUUGCAAUAAAAUAUUGUGAUUGGUCAGCAUCUUUAACAGAAUACCUUAUGUAUGUAUUAAUGAAAUUCCCUGAUAUUCAAGUUAUAUCUGAUGAUGGUGAUGAUUUUAAUAGUGGUGACUUAGAAUUUGAAGAAAUACUUGUUAAUGAUGGAAUCACUAAAAUUUUAUAA